ACUCGGAGCACAGAAGAAGAAUGGUAUCUGUUGGAGGGUGAUGUUUACUCAUGUGUUUACUACAGUGUUUUAAAUUUAGAAGCCUUUAGUUUUACGAUUUUUUUUCACAGCGGUCUUAGGCUUGCGACGGACCGGCCACGAUGAGAAUUUAUCAUUGUUUACUCAAUGCUACCAAGUUUAGGAGAGUAUUUGACUUUGGUGAGCGAGAUGUGGCGCAUUGGUUCCCUGGACAUAUGGCAAAAGGACUCAAGCAGAUGAGAGCCAGUCUAAGGAAGGUUGACUGCAUUAUAGAGAUCCAUGAUGCUAGAAUACCCUUUUCUGGAAGAAAUCCUUCAUUUCAAGAAAGCCUUGAUGUCCGGCCACAUUUACUUGUACUGAACAAGAUGGAUUUGGCAGACAUAUCCCUAAAGCAGUGCAUUAUGAAGCGGCUUGAGAGAGAAGGUGUGAGGAAUGUUUUAUUCACAGACUGCUUAAGACAGCGAGAUGAAAACCUAAAAAAGAUCAUUCCUCUCGUGACACAGUUGAUAGAAAGUGGGUCACGUUUUCACAGAGAAGAGGACAGAAGUUACUGUCUGAUGGUCAUUGGUGUGCCAAAUGUGGGGAAAUCAUCACUGAUUAAUGCUGUAAGAAGAACAUAUUUGAAAAAAGGGAAAGCUUCAAAGGUUGGAGGUGAACCAGGAAUUACAAAAGCUGUCCUGACCAAAAUUCAGGUCUGUGACCGACCCAUAAUUCAUUUACUGGACACCCCAGGAGUCCUGCCACCUAAAAUAGAGAACAUAGAGACUGGAAUGAAACUUGCUUUAUGUGGUACCAUUUUGGACCAUUUAGUUGGUGAGGAUAUCAUUGCAGAUUAUCUGCUUUUUUCACUGAACAGACUGGAAAGAUUUAGUUAUGUUGAGAGGUACAAUCUGGAAGAGCCUUGCGAUGAUAUUCAGCACGUGCUGAAGUGUAUAGCAGUAAAGCUCGGCAAGACAAAGCGUGUGAAGGCCAUAACUGGAGUUGGCAACAUCACUGUCCAAAUGCCAGACUACAGUGCAGCAGCCUACGAUUUCAUCAGGGCAUUCCGGAAAGGAGAACUUGGAAAGGUGAUGCUUGACUGUGCUUGACUUUACGUUCAAGACUGGACACUGAGCACACAAGUGAACCACUUAUUACUUUUAAUGUUUUAAUUAAAAGGUGGUGCAAUGAGUAUUUUGGACAUGUCUUGUUUUUAUUGUGUAGUUAUCAGGUCAAAGGGGCAGUGAGUGUAAUUGAAGCAAUACAUUAUUCAGUUUAAUUUUAACAGCAUUGGUAUCUUGAGUGCAUAAGUUUGUAUGUGAAAAGCGAAGAUUAAAACCAAACAUCAGUUGCCAACACAAAUUACUUGUCUACUUUCACAUCAGCUGUUUUUCCUUACUAAUAUGUCCAUUUUAUCAAAUAUUUGGCAUGUAAUUGCUUUGAUAUCUAAAAUGUAAUCUCUUAAAUGUAUCUAACAGCUGGCAAACAGUGCUUAUGUAGUGUUAGAUUAUAAAAACAGCUUUAAUUUCACAGCCUUUUUUAAAAACUUGUGUACUUAAUAGAUA